AUGAAAUCGGGAUCGAAGAGAAGGCGUCGCCACAAUUUGCAGACCCAGCGGAAUCGGUGGAUGGAGGAUGCAGAGGGAAGCCUGAGAAGGACCUGUGUGGUUAAUUCUUCGGGAACCACCAGGCGCCGGUGGGAUUGCGUGGUUUUGGGCUUCGACGAGCUGCAAGGGCAUCUUUUGGCGUGGGCUUCGACGCCCUCCAUCGUCAUCCGAAGGCGAGAUAGAAGUUCGUUCGGUUGA